GUAAAAAGCGGGACAACACAUAUUCUUAUCGUUAACGCUAGCGAUCGACAACAUACGUUAUCGAGAAACACAAAAUUAGGUUCAAUAUCACAUAAUUCUACGUCAACUAUAUGUCUGACAUUAGAUCGUAGGAGGAACGUUUUUCGUUCCUGGAGCCCACCACAUCAUGAGAGGAACGGUCAUCGUUCCUGUGGAGUAGUACGAGAUAUUUCAUGUACGCCACUCAAUAAUCAGCAUAAUCAUCAAUGUUAUGUCUGUAAUCAGAAGUUUUUAUCCGGUAAUGAUCUAUAUAUUCAUCUGCGCCAAUCGUGUUAUCCUGAAGACAUGCGUGAUCAAAUCGAACAAUUAACUGACCAUAUCGAAAAUCCAAUGGAGAAACAACAGAUUCAAGCUAUCUUAUGGAAGUAUGGAAAAUUAUUUGAUGGACGACAACCGUCAGUUAUCAAAACCACUUAUCAACAUGCUAUCGACACUGGAAACCAUCGACCAGUCUAUACACCACCCUAUCGACAAUCACAGAAAGAUCAGGAGAUCCUUAUACAAGAAACAAAUAAAUUGCUCAAGCAAGGUAGAAUAGAACCUUCUAUAUCUCCGUGGUCAUCCACGGUGGUCCUGAUAAAGAAGAAAGAUGGUUCAAUUCGAUUUUGCGUCGAUUAUCGAAAAUUAAAUACGAUAACAACAAAGGAUUCGUACCCAUUACCAAGAAUUGAUGACAUUCUCGACCAGUUAUCAGAUUCACUUUAUUUUACAAAAUUCGAUUUUAAAAGCGGAUAUUUUCAAGUACCACUCGAUAAAAAAGAUCGUCCGAAAACGGCAUUUUCUACCCGCGAUAACCAUUUUCAAUUUACAGUCUUACCACAAGGUCCAACACGAUGGCGGCAUUGCUUAGCUUAUAUCGACGAUAUCAUUAUUUAUUCUAAAACCUUUAAAGAACACCUGUUAUACGUACAAGAAGUUUGCCAAUUACUCGAACAAGCAAAUUUUCGAUUGAACGUCGAUAAGUGCGAAAUAGCAAAACCGGAAAUAGUAUUUCUCGGUCAUCGUAUCCAAGACGGUAACCUAAUGCCCAAUCCGGACAAUAUCCGAGGCUUAUUGGACACAAAAUCACCAACAACAGCUAAGGAAGCAUUUCGUUUCGUUAAAGCCGCUGAAUAUUACCGUAAAUUUAUACCUCAUUUUUCCCAAAUUGCUGGGCCACUAUACAAAUAUGCACCGACAACAGCUCAACAACGUGACAAACGAUCCCAGUCAUCAAAAAUCGUACUCUCUUUGGAGGAAGAAGCAGCAUUUAACGAACUAAAACGUAUUUUAACAACUGAUUUAGUAUUACGUUUACCGAAUAACGUGCUCCCAUUUAAGCUUCAAACAGAUGCAUCAGAUGAAGGUAUUGGUGCAGUUUUAAUCCAAACAUCUUCGCUAGGUGAUCAUCCAGUUGCAUAUCUGUCGAAGAAAUUCUCUCCUACCCAGAAAAAGUGGUCAACACUUUUUAUACUAUUAAAAUCAAGUAAAAAUAUAAAAAACCUUGAUAUAUAA